AUGUUCGGCUCUUCAACUCCAGCCUAUGCCCCGCUUCCCGCGGACGGCACUUCCCCCCGCCAUACCCCGCCCACCCGAACCUCUCGCAACAUCCGCCGAGCCACCAUCAUCUCCCUCCUCGUCCUCGCGCUCAUUGUCGGUCUGGGCGGUUAUGACGCCUCUCGGCCGGAGUCACACACCAAGGCUCUCCUCGCCCAGACCGGACUCGUCAAGCCUGACCUGGGGCUCGGACCCGUCAGCCAGCAUCGCGAGCUCGUUUCGGUGGUGCUGAUGGUGGGAGGGAAUGACCAUGGGAUAGUAGAUGUGAUGAGGGCGGUACUGGCGAUGACUGUCGGGCCGUAUGAGCUGAUAGGUGAGCUAAAAGUCGACAAGUCUGACGCAGGUGUUUUUACCGAGCCAAAGGACCAAUCUCAGCGGAUCUCGGCCAUCCUCGCGCAACAUCACCUCGACGCUCGGGUAGAUCGCCUCGGACGUGGACUGACCCGGUACAAGGCCAUCAACGCCACCUCAGGGGCGAUAUCGCUCGGGAUCAGCCAGGCGAAAGGAAAGCAUAUCGCCAUCUUGAACGCAAACGAUCAGGUGUACGAGUACGGAUGGGACCGCAUCCUCCUCACCGGCCUCAAAUCCGACCCAUCCCUACUCGCCGUCUCCGGCAAAGCAGCCGCCAAUGCCCAAUUCAAAGAUGGCAAACUGUCGCUCACCGAUGUCAAAGGCGAGCUGGAGCGGAAAGACCACAUUUCCAUGCCAAGUCCUCACAUCGAGAUCCGAGAUGUCGCGCUCAGAUCGCCCAUCAUGUACGAUGCGAGCAAGGCGGAAAAGUUGCUCUGGUUCGACGCGGACAUGGAAGUGGAAGGUUUAGGAGACGUCGAUAUGUGCCUGCGAGGUGCUGCUUUCGAUUAUACAUGCGGCUUCUACCCCGUAUCGACCAAGACCAAGGAAGAGUGGAAACCGGUCCCUGGUAGCCUGAUAAUAGGGAACGACUCGGUCGUAUCCGCCGGGCCGAUAAUGGAUCUGCCAGAGGCUAAACACACCAUUGCGACGCUUCCUGCAAGCCCACGCGAGAUCGAAGAUAUCCCAAGAACCAUCGUCACCGCCUUUUCCGGCAAUCACCAAAACACCGUGCAGCAAUGGUAUCGCACCCUUCACCAAUCCCCUCACACCCGCUACAUUGCCUACAUCCUUCCCUCCGACGUCAUGGUCGACCCCGAGACCUACGCCGCAUGGCAAGGCGUCGAAAUCCGCGUAUUCGACUUUUCCCGCUGGCCCGACUGGAUGGACGUUACGCGCGCCCGAGGCGAGUACGCCUGGAAAGGCGUUAUCGUGGAAGAGGUGAUUCGGGAUUAUGGCGGGUUGGUCUUUUGGAUGGACGCUGGAAAUGAAAUCACUGAAGACUUUACCCAGACAUGGCGGGAAGUGGCGGAUCUGGGAAUGUUCUCCAUCAGUGUUGGCGGGCCUAUCGAUCUGUGGACACAUCCCGGUACAGUCGCAUACCUCAGCCUCCCGCCAAGUAUCAUGGGCGAGAACAACUGCAAUGGCGCCAUGUGGGCCGUCAACUCGCAGCAUUUCGACGCCAUGAACAAGAUUAUUCGACCGUACAUUAGCUGCGUCAUGACGAGGGAAUGCGUUGCCCCCCUCGGCUCGAACCGCUCCAAUCAUCGCCAAGAUCAGGCCGCGCUGUCUGCGCUGAUACAUCUGCACGGGUACAAGUGCGACUCGCAUGCGCCAAUACGGAUGGGCGGGGAUGCGCCUGGGGAUGGGAGCAAGUUUUGCCAGGAUGAGAAUGGGAAUUGGGGAGAGUGCUAG